GCCAUGUCGUCGCGAACCGCACACCACCAAGUAUUCUACCUAGGUAGCAAAACUCCCUGAAGGGGUUCCGGAUCCCUCAAUCGUCCAUCGAAACGUGCGUCAAUUGCCUCCCGUCACUCCGGCGGCGAGCACAGGCCUCCGCGCGGAACCUCGGCGGCGAGUCGGAGCAGAGUCUGCCAAGGCCGCUAGAACUUUCGUUCGACUGAAAUCUUUCUCUCCUGUCCGAGCUCCAUCCAUCCUCCCAUCAUAAAGUCAUCACUCCCACAUCAAUCCCUCCUCAUCUCGUGCCCUCUGGUUGCCCUGUACCCACCUCCAGCAACACCUUGCUCCCUACACAUUCGCAAUCAUGCUGUCCUCGAGGUUAUCGCGAACCUUUUUGCCGCGGGCGACUGGCGCCGUCCGACGCAUGCAACCCACCUCUUUCAGACCAUCCUUCGGGUCAUCAUUCGUGAGAGGAUAUGCAGAGGGCUCGGACGAGAAGGUCAAGGGCUCCGUCAUCGGUAUCGACCUGGGUACCACCAACUCCGCCGUCGCCCUGAUGGAGGGCAAGGUGCCGCGCAUCAUCGAGAACGCUGAAGGUACGCGAACAACGCCAUCCGUCGUCGGCUUCACCAAGGAGGGUGAGCGUCUCGUCGGUAUCGCCGCCAAGCGACAGGCCGUCGUCAACCCCGAGAACACGCUCUUCGCCACAAAGCGUCUCAUUGGCCGCAAGUAUACCGACCCCGAGGUGCAGCGCGAUAUCCAGCAGGUGCCGUACAAGAUCGUUCAGCACAGUAACGGUGAUGCGUGGCUCGAGGCCCAGGGCCAGAAGUACUCGCCCUCGCAGAUUGGCGGUUUCGUUCUCGGCAAGAUGAAGGAGACCGCCGAGGCCUACAUGGGCAAGAGCGUCAAGAACGCCGUUGUCACCGUCCCUGCCUACUUCAACGACUCCCAGCGUCAGGCUACCAAGGAUGCUGGUCAGAUUGCCGGUCUGAAUGUCCUCCGCGUUGUCAACGAGCCCACCGCCGCUGCGCUUGCGUACGGUCUCGACAAGGCGACGGAUAAGGUCAUCGCCGUCUAUGAUCUUGGAGGUGGUACUUUCGAUAUCUCCAUCCUCGAAAUCCAGAAUGGCGUGUUUGAGGUCAAAUCCACCAACGGUGACACCCAUCUUGGUGGUGAGGACUUCGAUAUCACCCUCGUCCGCCACCUCGUUCAGCAGUUCAAGAAGGAGCAGGGCAUCGAUCUCAGCGGCGACCGUAUGGCUAUCCAGCGUAUCCGCGAGGCUGCCGAGAAGGCCAAGAUUGAGCUUUCUUCCUCCUCCCAAACCGAGAUCAACCUGCCCUUCAUCACCGCCGAUGCUUCUGGACCUAAGCACAUCAACCACAAGAUGAGCCGCGCUCAGCUCGAGAAGCUGGUUGAUCCCUUAAUUACCAAGACCGUUGAGCCCGUGCGCAAGGCUCUGAAGGACGCCAACCUUCAGGCCAAGGAUAUCCAGGAGGUCAUUCUUGUCGGUGGUAUGACCCGUAUGCCCAAGGUCGGCGAGUCCGUCAAGAGCAUCUUUGGCCGUGACCCCGCAAAGUCGGUUAACCCCGACGAGGCUGUCGCUAUCGGUGCCGCCAUCCAGGGUGCUGUCUUGGCUGGUGAGGUUACCGACCUCCUGCUUCUCGAUGUUACUCCUCUCUCGCUUGGUAUUGAGACCUUGGGUGGUGUGUUCACCCGCCUGAUUAACCGCAAUACCACCAUACCGACCAAGAAGUCGCAGGUCUUCUCCACCGCUGCCGACUUCCAGAGCGCCGUCGAGAUCAAGGUCUACCAGGGUGAGCGUGAGCUCGUCCGCGACAACAAGCUGUUGGGUAACUUCCAGCUUGUCGGCAUUCCCCCGGCCCACCGUGGUGUUCCCCAGAUCGAGGUCACCUUCGACAUUGAUGCCGAUUCGAUCGUGCACGUCCACGCCAAGGAUAAGUCCACCAACAAGGACCAGUCCAUCACCAUUGCCUCCGGCUCUGGUCUCUCAGAAUCUGAGAUCCAGUCCAUGGUUGAUGAUGCUGAGCGCUACGGAGCUCAGGACAAGGAGCGCAAGGCCGCUAUUGAGUCUGCCAACCGCGCCGACAGCGUUGUGAACGACACGGAGAAGGCCCUUAAGGAGUUUGAGGACCGUCUUGACAAGUCUGAGGCCGAGAAGAUCAAGGAGAAGAUCGCCUCCCUCCGCGAGUUCAUUUCCCAGAGCCAGUCUGGCGAGGGCACUGCCACCGCUGAGGAGAUCAAGGAGAAGACCGACGAGCUCCAGAAUGCAAGCUUGACCUUGUUCGAUCAGAUGCACAAGGCACGCUCAGAGAACGCCUCGAGUGAGCAGCAACAGCAGCCGCCUGAGGGUGAGGCGUGUCGACAUCUUGUACCCAUACCUCUUCGCUUCUCUUCUCUUCCCUGGACCCGACCUGUUUUACUACCCUCUACGACCUUUACUCGAUCUUUCAACCUUUUCUUGGCUUCGUAUUGGAGCUGCGCCACGCUGCCACAUCAGAUGACGUUAAUCUCACGAACAAGAAAGUUCGUCACCUUUCACUAUUGGGCAAACACAGCAACCUUUUCCAGGCGAACCGCGGAUCACGAGGAUGUGGCGCAUGCAGUCGAUAGGCUUCGUCAUUUGAUAAAAUCCGACGUCGUCCGCACACGCCCCGCUGGAGGGAAAAAGCUAGGUAGACACUUUUCACUACUCGUUUCCUGCAUCACGAUUGUCCCUCAUCUUUCUUUGAAGACUACACGCGACUUGCUUGAUAGGUCACACCGAGACUGCGGCUUUGGACGGUCGACAAGCCUCGCCACCGAGAGAAAGAAAAUGGAUAUACCGCGCGGCCACGCCAUGCUUCCUCUCAACGAGGUGGAUUUUCUGGAUUUUGUGUACAACUACUUUAAAGCCGAAUACGCACCUAUACGCUCGCUGUGGUCAACAGCGACAGCCGAGCCGAGGCAGCCUCAACGAUGGGUAACCAUGGGCCACGAACUAUCUCCCCUCAGUUUCCGCCCCGCGAACGCGCAGGCGCAAAAGGAUCUUGAGUCGCUAGACUUCUUCACCCGGAAGUGGAACCUGGAUGCCGGGUUUGUCAGGGGAAUCGUGGUGCGGUUUGCGAAGUACGAGGUGCACGAGCGACUGGAGAAGAAGUUGUAUGAGAGUUGCAGGCUGGAUUUGAUGGUGCGGAAGGCGUUGAAGGAGAAGCAUCUUAUUGAUGCGCUGUGGCCGAGUCCCGCGCCGCGUAAUAUUCCGCAAGAGCUGCUGCAGCAAGGUGUCCAGGUGCGGAAGUGGUAUGGCGAUAUGUUUGCGAAGUACUUUCGGCAUCUGCAUGCUGUGGAUGACUUCUCGCUCCGUCCGGAGGUCGACCAGAGGAUCAAGAGUAGUGGGACGCUAAUGUUGGUUCCGUUUGUGGACCAUCUUGUGUUUGGGACUGUGGACCCCAUUAUGCCGAUUAUCGCGAAGGGCGCCGGAUACUCGAAUGCGAAAGCUUGGAAGCAGAAAGAGACGAGUUCUUUUGGGGAGCCAGAUCGGUUCGAUAUCCGGUUUGACGCCCCUGGCGAGAUCGUUGAUACGCAUACGAGGAGUGUGGUACGGCAGUGCCAGUGUAUGAAAUGCGGGAGCAAGAGAGACGUUACGGUGGUGAUAUCGAUUGAUCCAACGCCGGGCCCAACGGCACAGCAGUCUACGCAGUGGCGACCAUCCAACCCGAAUACGUCUGCACCUAGGCGACAGGGCUCGAAGGCCGCACAGAAGUAUAGUCCUGGGUACGGCAUGCCUGGUAUCGGCGAUCCUGCGCAGAGACGACCUUUGCAGCCGCAGACGCAGACUCAGAAUGCGUAUGAGGAUGUGCAUCCACCCUCGCCGCAGCAGAAGAAACAGUGUCAGCGCUGCACGUUUCUGAACCAUCCUGAUCUCACGUCUUGCGAGAUGUGCCAGGGCGAGCUUCCACCUAACACCUUGGUAGCGAAACCGCCUAGUCCCGCUCAGCCCGCGAAAACUCAAGCUUCGCACUCUCACUCUGCAUCCCUUCCGCCGCCGAAUACGGCAAAGAAGGAGGACAAGCGGAAGGAACCGGAGCGCCCAGCACCCCAUAACAGGCACAGUCUAAGCUCGACUCUCUUCUCCAUCUUCCCUUUCUCCCAGCAGCAUCAGACAGAACAUCAUGCGAAUCUACCCCCAACUCAACCUCUUGAAGGAUCGCCUCCAGCUACCUCCGAGCCACAUCCUAAGUCAAAGAGCAAGCGCGGAGACCGGCCUCUAUCUAAAGACGCGCCCAACCCUAAGACGGAGCCUGAACACCCGGCACCACCCACUGAGCGCGAGGAGCCCCCAUCGACGCCACCGAACCUCAUCGACCAAGAACCGGACCUCUCCCACCCUCCCGAAAUGGCGAUGAUGCCCCUCACGCCUCCGCCUGCCUCUUCUGACGCGCCGCGUCAGUAUCUGCCUGGCAUGCCACAGAACCUUAUGGAUGACUUCGUCCCUAUUUCGCCGUCGUAUCAGCAAGACGAAGAGACAGAAGAUGCGGGCUGGGGCGAGAUGAAUAAAGAGGAGGCGAGGAGGGACGAGGAGAGCGACGAAGAUGAGGAUAUGGUGGAGAGGAGAGAGGGGAUGAUUGAUCUAGACGCUGUGGCACAGGAGGUGGGCGUUUGGGGGGACGGAGAGGAGUGAUGGUAGGGUGGUUGUUGGAUUUCGGAAGUAUACCGAACGCAUGGAGGCGGUGUCCGGGAAGUGUUCCGUGUACAUGUACCAACUCGAUAGUUCCCACGCCCUUUCUAAAAUAAAGGCGUUCCUACCUUAUACUGGAUCUGCCCUGGUAUGUAUGUGUUUCCCUGGCUUCCCUUUUCCCACGUAGUCAUCGGAUUGGUAGAGAUGUAGUGAUGAAUGACCUGGCUCAGCAGUUCGGAC